GCUGCUUUGAUAAAAGAAUCCGAUUUUUAAAUUUUUAAUUUUUUUGGUGCACAGUCCCAUUAUCAUCUCAGUUCUCCCAGUCCCCACGCUGCGGUCAGCGCGCACCGUUUGUUUCUGGUUCGAUACCGCAUAACGGCACGUGGGGGGGGGGGGGCGAUCGUCUUUAUUGAUUCCGUUUCCCUAAAUUAACCGAUUACGCACCAUUCCUUCGAGACGAACCACACGGUAACGGCGUAGGAAGUGACGUGUCGGAGACGGACGGAGGAAGUUUGUGUGGUGGCGCUGGGAGGGAGGAAAGUUUUCCCGGAGCGGCCGAGCGGAGCGGGAAUAACGCACAGGAGGAAUAACGCACUUUAACGCUCGAAUGAAGAGGAGGGAGUCGGACUGAUCUGCCCGUGUUCUCUCUUUCUCUCUCGCCCUCUCUCUCCCUGCUCGGCUGAGAUGGGGAAGGAGCAGGACUUGCUCGAGGCUGCGCGCACCGGGAAUCUUGGCGCCGUGGAAAAGCUCCUGUCUGGGAAAAGGCAGUCGGCUGGAGGCGGCGGCGGAACGGGAACCGGCGGCGGCGGCCAACACGGCGCUUCUUCCCACCCGCUGUCGAGUUUGCUCAGCAUCUGGAGGGUUCCCAACGUGAACUGUGUGGACAGUAAUGGAUACACACCCCUCCAUCACGCUGCCCUGAAUGGCCACAGUGACGUGGUGGAGCUGUUGCUAAGGAACGAGGCGCUGGCCAACGUUGCUGACAGUAAAGGCUGUUAUCCGCUCCACCUGGCAGCAUGGAAGGGAGAUCAGUACAUCGUCAGACUCCUGAUCCAUCAGGGCCCGUCCUACCCCAAACUCAACGAGCAGAGUUCUCUAGACCCCAGAGAGUUCAAACGCAGUGGCCCAUUUGACCCCUAUAUUAAUGCCAAGAAUAACGACAACGAGACCCCGUUGCACUGUGCGGCCCAGUACGGCCACUCCGAGGUGGUGCGCCUGCUCUUGGAGGAGCUUACCGACCCCACCAUGAGGAACAACCGCUUCGAGACGCCGCUGGACCUGGCGGCGCUCUACGGCCGCCUGGACGUAGUCAAGCUGCUGCUGUGUGCCCACCCCAACCUGCUAAGCACCAACACGCGCAAGCACACGCCGCUGCACCUAGCCUCCCGCAAUGGCCACCUGCCAGUGGUGGAGGUGCUGCUCGCUGCCGGCAUGGACAUCAACUACGAGACGGAGAAAGGCAGUGCCCUCCAUGAAGCUGCCCUUUUUGGGAAGACAGAUGUGGUCCAGAAACUCCUCAGUGCGGGUAUCAACGUGAACAUUGUGGACAGUAAGAACCUAACAGCACUGGACAUUGCGAAGGAAAUGCCCUCUCAGAAGAGUAGACAAAUCGCAGCACUCAUCCAGGCUCAUAUGAGUGGUCAUGCACCCAACCUCGCCCUUCCACCUCCACCUGUACCUCCACCCCAGGAGAACCUGAGCCCCCGGAGGAAAGGUGAAGUGGAGCAGCAGGUGUGUGAGCUGAUGUCGGGUCUGGCACCGGUGUGUGUGGAGGAGAGUCCAUACGAGUCUCUGUUUGAAGCCACAUCUUGCCACUCCCUGGACAGCCUGGGCAGCGGCAAGUCCUCUGACCGAGAUUCCGGACGGCCGGACAGCGAGGCAGGCAGGUUGAUUUCAAAAGAUCGGCGCCUCCCUGCGUCUCGUCUCGUCCCCGGACACGAGGAAGAGCUGAGCUCCGAGGCUGCUCACACCAGCAGCAGUGUGGACGAGAGAGUGAACGAGGACGAAGACCACACGUACGAGACCCUGCACACUGCCCAGACCAAACACCCCGAUAAGGACUCUAACUCCAAGUCUUCCAACAGCCUCCUACUUCAGCAGCGGAAAGCUACCCCACCCUGUGACCUUCGACCUCCAGCCCCAAACACAUUGAAGCCCCCAGGGCCUUCUGUCAGCACAGCACGGCCUCCAGCAGAGAACUCCUCGAGUGCUCAGGACCUCGGCGCCGGUGUCCCGGAGCAGUUCACUGGCCUCCUGCACGGGUCCUCGCCCGUUGUUGACAGUCGCGAGGGGGAGGCGCCCUUCACGGUGCCCCCCUCCGGAGUCCCGUCCAGCCGGAGCUCCAACACACUGCGCUCCAAGGCCUCCGUUCUCUCGUCCUCCUCGUCUGUCGCCAUGGCGUCCAUCCUCCAGGACCCCGACCCCAAAGCCAUUUACGCCACCGUCAACAAGGAAGCACGCGAUUCGCCGGUUCGCGACUCGGUGAGGGCGCGCCCGCCCGGCGACCUAAAGCUGCUUCGCAGCCUCUCCAAAUCGGACUCGGACCUGCUGGUGUCUCCGCCCGCCGACGAGGAGGCGGGGCUGGCCAACCGCAGCGAGUCUGUUUCCAACUGCAGCACCACCAAGAGGAGACUGGAGAAAUCGCCGUCGUUCGCAUCGGAGUGGGACGAGAUUGAGAAGAUCAUGACGUUAAUCGGAGCAGGCAUUGACUUCUCCAAAGACCCAGAGAGCACCACGUCAGGCGCGGUGGGACGUCUCCUGCAGCAGUCGGUGGGGGACUGGCUGGAGCACGUCGGCCUGCCGCAGUACGAGAGCAAGCUGCUGCUCAACGGCUUUGACGACCUGCGCUUCAUGGGGAGUAAUGUGAUGGAGGAGCAGGAUCUGAGAGAGAUUGGGAUUACAGAUGCAGCACACAGGAGAAAACUCCUAAAUGCAGCUCGCACUCUGCCAAAGGUGAAAACUCUCGGCUGUGAUGGCAGUACAUCUCUGUCCUCUUGGCUCGACUCGUUGGGUCUGACUGAGUACCUGCCGAGCUUCCUCACCAGCGGCUACCGCACACUCGACUGUGUGAAGAACCUGUGGGAGCUCGAGAUCGUCAACGUACUGAAGAUCUCUCUGCUGGGACAUAGAAAAAGGAUUAUUGCAUCGUUAGCUGAACGACCUUAUGAAGAACCUCCAGUUAAACCCCCUCGUCUGUCUCAGAUCAGAUGUCCUGAGCUGACGUCUCAGUCCUCGUCUCCAGUGAGUCUCUCCGACCUCUACAAACACCGCUCCAUGGACCCUCUGCUUCCUGCCAGUGAAUCUGGGAGGAGACGGUUGGAUAUGGACAACGACCUGGCAGUCAAACCCCGACCGAGCGACAGAGCAGAGACGCAGGAGAGGUAUGAGGAGCGCCACCAUGAACCCCGCUUGACCUUACGACCCCCGAGCCUCGCGGCGCCCUGUGCCCCCGUACAGAACUGGCACCACCAGCCCGAGAAACUUAUCUUCGAGUCGUGUGGUUACGAGGCAAACUAUUUGGGCUCUAUGCUUAUUAAUGAGCUGAGAGGAGUUGAGUCCACGCAGGAUGCAUGUGCUAAGAUGAGGAGGUCUACAGAGCAGAUGAGAAAAGUCCCUACCAUUUUUCUCUCCAUCACAUAUAAGGGAGUGAAGUUCAUCGACGCUGCCAACAAGAACAUCAUUGCGGAACACGAGAUCAGGAACAUCUCGUGUGCAGCUCAGGAUCCCGAGGACCUCUGCACAUUUGCUUACAUCACGAAAGAUCUGCAGACAAGCCAUCACUACUGCCAUGUGUUCAGUACGGUGGAUGUGAACCUGACCUAUGAGAUCAUUCUGACACUGGGACAGGCAUUUGAGGUGGCCUAUCAGCUGGCUCUACAGGCCCAGAAGACCAAACAGCAGCAGAAUUUGUCGGGAGGGGCGGGCUCAGAGAUAAUCGACACGAAGAGCAGCAGACCGGUCCCUAAACCACGUGGGAAUACACGCAAGUCAGGAGUGGACUCUAUGGAUACGGACGACUCGUCCUCUCACAGCAGUGCUCUCUGGCUCCUGGACCCCAAAGAUCCCAAACGCACCGUCAGUACAAACAGACGUCGACCACAGUGAGGCGCUGUUGGAGAACUUUUUUUUUUUUUUUUUCCCUUAAAAGCCCUCCCGUCUGAAGAGGAAUGAAACGACCUCCAGAGACUGAGAAGAGCGAGAGGACGGAGUGGAGACGGCCGCGGACAAAAGGUGGACACCGAAGACGCCUGCUGUUCUCUCUCUCUUACCUCAGCGUGGACAGAUUGGUCCCUCUCCAAGUUCAGGAAUUCACACUAACUGGCAUGUCCGUGCAGCCACCGAGCGGGCGGGACGGCAGGUGCGGUCACGCGGUCAGCGAAGGGCAUGCAGCUCACACGUUCCGGGACGUCACCUGAACUGCCGUCAGACCCGGGCUGAGCACUGUGAUGAAGACGCAGAUGUCCACGGUGGGUGUUUGCCUGCCCGAUUCCCAAUUACCUGAACCGGACGCCUGUCGAAAACUCUAAGAGCUGCCCAAGUGGAACGUCUGCUCAGAAAACUUUAUUGUGUCAGGGGGACAGCACGCCUACUGUAGAGCUGACCACAUGGUGCACGUUUAAUCUGGACUAGUGCACAGACUCCCGCCAUUGUAGAAGUGUCACUUAAACAUGGUGUGUUGGACUGGUUUGAGUUUUGCCUGGACUGGAAGAUAGCAAUGUACUUCCCUUUGGCUUCAGGUAUCUGUGAACUCUCUUCUGCAACACACACACACACACAUAACACACACACACACACACACACACACCAAAACACAGCAGCAACACAUGCAUUUUGACUCCAAAUUUGCCAAAUAGCUGUGGAUACAGAGAGUAGAUGUGAGGAGGUCUUCCCUCUAUGUGGAGGGUCCAUCUCUGUGUGCGAGCACAACGCCUGGGCCGUGCUCAGUAACCUAAACACCCUGCAAUCCCUUCCACAGUAAACCACGUGGGAAGGGGAAAGAUCAGGAGUGAUCUAACAUGGAGGAAGAGAAUGUCCAGAACCAUCAGAUAUGUGUACCUGGACUGGUCCCCACACUGUCUUUGUUGAGGUUUUGCAGUUUUCCAUCUUUAAUACCUCCUUCCAUGUCUUCCUCUAGAAGUGUGUGUGUGUGUGUGUGUGUGUGUGUGUGUCUUUCAGAGGUUAAACAACUUGGGAACUCCAGCCUGGCUAUAAACACCAUCGGUUUGGGGUGUGUGUGGUGUGGGGUUGUGGGGGUGUGUGAAGGCGAGUCCGAAGCGAUCGGGGUGGGGGGCAUCUCUCUCUGCAGUCAGCAUAAACCCUCCCCUAUGGGUAGAAGUAGAAACAGCAUCCUCUGGUCCUUUACUCAUCUCACACUCUCACACUCGCAUCACACACACACACACACACACACACACACACACACAUACACAUACAUGCAUACAUACAUACACACAGACACUCAGUGCUGUAGCUCAGAGGGGCCACAGUCACACUGUCUGCUGAUCCCCUGUAGUCCACAGCCUGGCAAUCACCUGCUUGGGUCUGAGAACAAUGUGAACUUUCCUAGGGCAGAUAACCUGAUUACCUCUCCUCACUCCUCUCUCACCCCUUACCUCACUCCAUCACUCCUCUCUAUCACACCUCUCACCUAUUCUCACUCCU